AUGGUCCGCCGAUCCGGUAUGGGUGGAGAAACAUUGCCACUGCCUGGGCUAGCAGGGAAAAGGAAACCCAGCGGCAAAAGGCGGCAGGAAUCACACCUUUCUUCUAGGAGAAAGAAGCGCGGUUACUUGCUUCCAAGAAUGGAGCCUCCUCUACAGGAGGCCGAAAAUGAUUUUGACGAGGCAAACGCGCCCUUGGCUACAUCUCUCUCACCGUUAGUGCAGGCGCGACACUAUGCGAGACUUGCAAACGGCAGUACCAUGUUUCUCCGCGCUCUGUCGCUUAGCCAGAGCAACAUGGGCCUAUCAGAGGUCCUGGAGGGUGAGUUGUGGUACGUGACCUCUUCCACCAGUCUAGGGAGGGCCAGGAGUGCAGCAAUGCAAUGGGUGACGUGCGAAGACCACCGCCUGACGGUUUUUUCCAGCUGGAGCCCACAGGGCCGUAUAAUUGACACGAUGCACUUUGAUGGUGUUCGCGUCAUCUUCACUUUUCACCACAAUCACAGGCACAUAAAUUCCAGACGUCAUGCGCCAAUGACGCGAUUGACGCGGUGCCACGAGAACAAUCCCUCCAUGCAGUUAAACAUCGGCAAUGAGUGCGGGGCAAGACAGCCGAAGCGCUAG